UCAGCGACAUCGUGUGGGAGAAACACGCAUCCCAUUUCAGCAUCGUGGUGGUGCAGGGGGUCAUCCUGGUUUCAGCGCACGUAUUGGACUACUCUGGAGGUCAGGUGGUGUCCAGCAACACCUUGAACGAGCUCCUGGAUUGCAUCAGCACUGAUAGGCAGAAGGCGUUGGCUAUCGCCCGGGAAAUGCAAGGAAAACGAGCUACCAUGCAUGUGCCAGGUGUCGCGAAGACAGAUACCAUCCACAUGAGCAAGGCACUCAAAACUGGUGGGCGCAUCGAGCCCAAGAUCUUCACCAUCAUGUUCGACGAGGUACUCGACCGCUUGGAGGGUGAGUGGGGGGACAUUGGCCUCGGCUUCACAUUGCCAGACUCUGGGCUGCGAAUGCCAAGCGUUGCAUGGGUGGACAACAAUUUUCUAUUGGCAGUAAACAAGCAGCAAUACGAGUUCAUGAGUCGCACUCUCACGAACGCGAUUUUCGACAAAUACGGUUGGAUGUGGAAGCCGUCAUCGAUGGAGAUUCUUGCGAUUACCGACGAACCGUUGGAAGACAAACUCUACUUCGGAUCGCAAGCGGGUCUUUUGACGUAUAAGAUAGUCAACUCCAUGGUGGCCUUGGGUGGGGUUUUGGGCCCAAUUCAUCCCGACCAGGCUUUGUUACGACACCGGCUGGGCAAAGGAGACAAGAGCUACUUCAAGAUCAGGCGGCACUUGGUGGGCAAAGCUCCGGUGAGUGUCAAAUUGCAGGAGGGGGCUGAGCAGGCAGGCCCCGACUGGCCCGACGAUGGCGAGCACGUGGGCGAAGAGCCGGGGGCGCCCGCGAUGGCGGGGCCCCAGUUCGCGCUGAUCGCAGAGACCGGCGACGAGGUCUGGCGCGUCGCAGCGGGCGCUGCGCGCGCCGGGGCCACGGCGGGGCUCGCGCGGCAUUGGCGGCUGGUCUCGCGCGCCAGCGAGACGGAAACGGAGUCGCGCUCCGGUUCGGCCCGGCAGCGGGCGCACAUCCACGCGAAAGAAGCCGAGGUCGCGUUCGGGGCAAUCGAACGCCCCACCGCGUACCAGGCGAGCGAGGGCCGCGCGGGCCCGGCGGCGAGCCCGGCGCUCGAGGCGCGCGUCUGCGGAGAUUGGCUGCGCGAGACCGGCGGCGGCCAGUGGGCCCGUCGCCGCUGGAGGACCUACCGCGCCGAUGCAGCGGAGUUCUUCGCGGGACAGAGCGAGGGGGCUGGCGGCGCAGCUUGCGGGGGAGCGGCGCCGGCCGAGAGCGGCGGCGAGCGGCGCCCGCGGGGCGCGCUGGAAGGAUUCACCAAGAAGGCAGCCCAGAGCAGGCGGCGGAAGGCGCGCGCUGCGCGCGGCCCCGACCAGCGCCCCGAGUUCAUGUGGCGGGCAACGAAUUUUCCCGAGGUCGCCGCGGAAGUGCGGGGGGAGCGCAGCGCUCGAAGUCUGGGCGAGGCGCAGGGCCCGGACGCGGCGGCCCGUCGCGGCCCGAGCCCCGCGAUGGGGCUCGAAAGAAUCGGGCGGCGCGGGCGCGCGUCGGAGAUGCGCGCCUCGGGCCGCGGCCGCGGAGCGCGCGAGUCCGAGAACCGCGGGGCGCUGCGCCCCGUCGGGGCCGGAGAGGCCGACGGCGGUUUCGGAAGCGUCAUCCGAGAAGGCGACGCGUUCAAAUUCCCCAGCACCGCGACCAGGAAGUCGAUGGCGCUGCAGAUGGAGCCCGAGCUGCGGCGGAGCCCGAGGCGGCUGCGCAUCGACGCCGGGCGAGCCCCGACGGAUUGGCUCGGCUGGUCGCCGCGGCGGUUGCGGGCGGGCGACUUGACGUUCGACGAGGUGGCCUUGGAGGAUAUGUUCGAGAUCUCCGACUGGGGCGGGGUGGCGGCCCCUGCCGGCGCGGGGUGCGACCGCCAGUCAGUCGAUCAGCCGAAGCAAGCACUCACCGAGCAGGAGCGCGCGGAGACGGGGGCGACAGUCGCCGAGAUUCCCCCGCAGCCCCGCGCGGGCGCGCAGGGCGGCGAGGAGCGCUUCCCCAUCGAGAAGUGGUCGUUGCGGACGAGCGUGGCAAGAUGGGCUCAGCUGAUCCAUCCGCGGGAGGUCGCGGGGCUGGCCGCUGACCGCCCCGCCGCGGAGCGGAGCACCGAGGGCACGGUCGACGGCGGGGCGCGACCAGCCGGCGACGAGGCGGCGCCCUCCUACCACGGCGGGGCGGGAUCCAAGCCGCUCGACCGGAAGACCCAGGCCAGCUAUCGAGAGUGGGAAUGCGGCAUCUACGGAUUGUCGGCCAUCCCCAGGGCUCGGUUAGGCACUCUCCGAAGGACCAUGGUCGAGGAGACGGGUUGGAAACGGAUUCAGCUAGACGCGUCUUUCGUUUUCCACUGCGCCAGGGACCAGCUCGCCGGGGCGCCGGUCGCCCACGUGGCCGGCUGCGUGAUCGCGCGCGACGGUGGCGAGAUUACGCGAGCUAAGAAGCCCCAGGCAAGGGAGAGGUUCCCUGUCGGAUCCUGGGCGGCAGUGCAUGAGCAGGCCGACGGCGACCUGCGCGCCAGACGCCGCGUCAAGGGAAGCGGCGCUGGGUUGAAGCGGCAUGUUGGAGGCGCAGACCUUGCGCGGUUCAACCUUCAUAAGACGAGGUCCCAGGCAGGGGUCGCAGCGGCGGCCGUCGACCUGGAAUGCCUAGGGAAGGACGAGCUGCCGAUGUCGAUCCUGGACUGGCGGGGCCGCGCCAGUGCCAGCCACCGCUCGGUUGCGCUUACCUUCUCGGCCGAGACUGCGGCGCGCCUCGAGGGCCUUGUGGCCCCUGGACGAGUCCAUGGGCUUUGCUCCGGAGUUGAGGCGGCGGCGGUGGCCCGCUCGGAGACGCCCGAGGAGCGGGCCCCUCUGCAUGCCAAGCUGCGAGCUCGGGGGCCGCCCGAGUGCGAGGGCGGCGGCGGCGAUGGCGGCAGCGCCGAGGGGCCCGGGCUGCCAGAGAGGAAGCCGACGGGGUCGGGUGCCCAGGUGGUCGGCGCGGGGCCCGAGGCAGUCUUCCAGGAUGAGAUGGUUGCCGAGGACAGCAAGAGGUGCGCGGCGUGGUCUCUCCCUGUAGAGUCCCGUCGCCUCGGCGGGCACAGAGAGCGGCUCUGUCCCUUCCCCCUCCUUGUCGCGGCCCCUGCGAUGGCGGCGGUGCCCGACGACGGCAAGGCAAUGGAUCUACGGUCCAACGGUGGCGCGGGGCUGGUCAUGGCGAUGGCCGUCCAAGGCGCUGCUCAGGGAGCUGCGGCGGGCGGCGCCUCGCGGCGGGCGAUAGCCGCCGCGGUCGCUGCCGCGCUCCGCACGACAUGGGCACUGCUGGAGGGGAUCGGCCCCAAGGAGGACGCCGAGCUCGCGAUGCGCUGGCAGGCCAUGGAGCCCGCCAUGCGCCAGCAGCUGCGGGGCGCCCAGCCAAGCGGCGCCGCUCGCGCCAGGCGCAACGUCGGGGCGCACGUCGACCUCGGCAAGGGCGUCGAGGCCAUGCGGCAGGCCCUGGCGCAGCCGCAGCGGGCCCAGCGCGGCGGGCGCUGCGGGCCCCGCGUGCCGGCGCCGCCGGGCCCGGAGGCGGCGGAAGUGACGACGGAGGACCACGCCGACGGCGUCAAGCUGGAGGGCACCACCAGCCUGGACAUCGGGGAGCCCGACGUGGACGAGUGCGAGGGCACCGACCAGGUCAUCGACACCCCCGAGAGCCAGCUGCUGGGCGAGGCCCCGCCCUCCCCACAGCUCAGCGCGGCGGUUGGCGAGGACUCGGAGCUGGACGUGGACGAGUGCGAGGGCACCGACCAGGUCGUGAACAGUGCCGAGGUGCAGCCUUUUCCUGAGGCGCCGCGGGACGUCGAGCCUGGGGGCCAUGGCGGGGGCGGCCCCGAGGAGCAGCCGAUGGAGACGGAGGUGCCGAGGGCGGCAGCAGGCGUGGUUGAGGACGAGGGCCUCUACGACGGCCAGGCCGACGGCACCCAGGUCAAGAGGCAGCGGGACCGCCAAGGAGUACAGCAUCGGCACGCUCCUGAUGCUGGAGUUCACGAUCGUGGGGCUCUUCUUGUUCCUCGCCCUGCGGGGGCGGAUCUGCGCUCAGACCUGCCCGUCGACGGCGUCGAUGGCAUCGGCACGGAGUACGGCGGCACCUUGGAGGGCAAGGUGGGCGAGAGCAUCUUCAGCGACGCCGUUCAGGCUCGCGUGCGGAGCGUCUUCCUUUUCGUCCUCGGGGUGGCCUUGCUGCUGGGCGUUGCCUCCUGCCCGUUCGUCUCCUUCGACUGGGGCACGGGCCUUCAAGGUGAAGGCGAGCUCCUGGACCUGCCACUGUGGACAUUUGACAAGGAGCAGUGGCUUGAGUCCCUGGUGAAGCUGCGGAGCGAGCUGGAGCACGAGCUGGCCAUGGCUCUGCCUGGCGGGAUAGCUCGUACCAUCGAGGACGCCGAGGACGCCGAGGACAUAACGCUGUCCUUGCGGAGGCUCGCGGAGGACAUUCGCGAGAUCGAGGCGAUGAGGCCUCGCGGAUUCGAUUAUGGAUAG